AUGCGUGAGAUCGUUCACAUUCAAGCUGGACAAUGUGGUAACCAGAUUGGUGCUAAGGUAAGCCAUUGAACCUAGUUUUUUGUAAAAUGAAGGUGGUUAUCAGUUCUGGGAGGUCAUCUCCGAUGAGCAUGGAAUCGACCCCACUGGAGCUUACAACGGCGACUCUGAUCUGCAGUUGGAGCGUAUCAAUGUGUACUAUAAUGAAGCCAGUGGUGAGUGCAUGAUGCUCGAAAAUAUAGUUGCACACACACUUUUUAUCUAAGCAUAUCACGUCAUCCGUUUCAGGCGGAAAGUAUGUUCCACGUGCGUGUCUUGUUGACUUGGAGCCCGGAACCAUGGAUUCCGUGAGAGCCGGUCCGUUCGGUCAGCUCUUCCGUCCGGACAACUUCAUUUUCGGUCAAAGUGGAGCCGGUAACAACUGGGCAAAAGGUCAUUACACCGAAGGUGCCGAGCUUGUCGACAACGUGCUCGAUGUGGUGCGCAAAGAGGCCGAGAGCUGUGACUGCCUUCAGGUGAGCGAGCCACGGUUCAACGCGUCUAAUUUGCUGCUUCCUGUUUAUAUUGUGCACCUGUUUCUUGAGACGGCUGUCCUCUCUAACAGCAUCCGAAUAAGAGGUUUGGGUGGGGGUGACACAAUAGACACCUUUCGGUAAGCAUAUGUCGCAUAAUGACUGAGAAUGGGAUUUGAUAAUAAUAUAAUGGUUAGACUAAUUAGAAGCGGCGGCAAUGACAAAAGACUAAGAAUUACGUUAUGUUCAUUGCCAGACAUCCGUAUGACAUGAAUUAACAUUGCAGGGCUUCCAAAUGACUCAUUCGCUGGGAGGAGGAACUGGAUCCGGAAUGGGAACUCUUCUGAUCUCCAAGAUCCGUGAAGAGUACCCGGAUCGCAUCAUGAACACUUUCUCAGUGGUACCCAGCCCGAAAGUGUCCGACACUGUCGUUGAGCCGUACAACGCCACUCUCUCCGUCCACCAACUUGUCGAGAACACCGAUGAGACGUUCUGCAUCGACAACGAAGCACUUUACGACAUCUGCUUCCGAACUCUCAAGCUCACCACCCCGACAUACGGAGAUUUGAAUCAUCUUGUUUCGAUGACGAUGAGCGGUGUUACCACCUGUCUUCGUUUCCCGGGACAGGUAUACGUGAGCUUCAGACAAUUAUAACGUCAUCCUGUUGCAGCUCAAUGCUGAUUUGCGCAAAUUGGCGGUCAACAUGGUGCCGUUCCCACGUCUCCACUUCUUCAUGCCUGGUUUCGCCCCGCUCACCUCGAGAGGAAGCCAGCAGUAUAGGUAUAAAUUUCGCAAAAUAUUUAUAAAUAUCAUAAUUUCUCUCAUCAGAUCUCUGACUGUUCCGGAGCUCACCCAACAAAUGUUCGACGCCAAGAACAUGAUGGCCGCGUGUGACCCCCGCCACGGACGUUACCUCACUGUCGCCGCGAUGUUCCGUGGAAGAAUGAGUAUGAAGGAGGUGGACGAGCAGAUGCUGAACGUGCAGAACAAGAACUCUUCGUACUUCGUCGAAUGGAUCCCCAACAACGUUAAGACCGCGGUGUGCGACAUCCCUCCAAGAGGUGUCAAGAUGGCGGCGACGUUCGUUGGAAACUCGACUGCUAUCCAGGAGCUCUUCAAGAGAAUUAGCGAGCAAUUCACUGGUUAAUUCAAAGAACAAAUCAAUUUAGUCAUAUUCGUAAUUUCAGUCAUGUUCCGUCGUAAGGCCUUCUUGCAUUGGUACACCGGAGAGGGUAUGGACGAGAUGGAGUUCACCGAAGCGGAGAGCAACAUGAACGAUCUGGUGUCCGAGUAUCAGCAAUACCAGGAAGCCACCGCCGACGACGAGGGAGAGUUCGACGAGCACGACCAGGACGUCGAAUGA